AUGGUCCUGGACAUUUGUCCAGAGCUCUACGUUGGUGGUGACGAAAACCUCCUCUGGCAACCUGAGAAGGAGGAGACACAGCGGCGGCGCUGGUUGGCGCCGAAGGAGGCGCCAACGCCCGUUACAGCCAAGGACAUGAACUUUCCAGGACGUAUGCAGCUCGCAGUGUCGCAGGCUGCCAAGUUCCAACCCGCACAAGCUAAGCGCCAUGGCAACGUCACUGAAGAGCAGCCCGGACUCCACCCGACCUGUGAACGCGAAGCUGCCCACAAAAAGCUCAACUGCGAGGUUGCACUGGUUGCACUCACACUGCCCAAGACUCGUAGGAAGUCCCUGAGCCCUCAUGUCAACCUCCUCCGAGGCGCCAUGGCAACGUCACUGAAGAGCAGCCCGGACUCCACCCGACCUGGUAUCCCUGAUCUGAUCCCUUUCGCCCUCAACGCGAAUUCCAGGCAGUGGGCACCGAAGCUCCGGAGCCAAGCCCUCACAGAUCCGUGGCGUCCGGGCGUCUGGGGAAGUUUCACCUUUGCGUUGCUCGCAAUCUUCGGGUCGAUGGCCAGACCCAUUUUCCAGCGGAGGUGA